AUGCAUUGCUCAAAAGAUAUUCGUGUGCUGAAUAUUACUUGGACUCAAAUACGAAUAUUGAGUAACGACAGUCUGCAUUCUUACAAAAAACUGGCCUUCAUCUAUCUACAUAAGAAUACCAUUCAAAUAAUCGAAGAAGCAGCUUUUGCCAAUCAGCCUUACCUGCAGGUGCUAGAUCUGUCGCACAACUAUUGCUACAAACUGCCCAAAAGUCUUUUCCAAUUGCCAUAUCUUUGCACGCUCUAUCUCGGCAACAACAGACUUAUCGAUUUGGCGUUCAAAGUGAAGGUCACUUCGCCCCUCAGACUGCUGGAGCUGAGCAAGAAUUUGCUCACCGUGAUCCCGAACAUAGGCAUCCAGCCGACCCUCUUUCAUCUCGACGUGUCUUACAACAUAAUCACCUCGAUCAGCACCGAGGAUCUGGCGCCCUUCUGCUCGCUAAAAGAGCUUGAUCUGACCGGAAAUAAAAUCAGAUUCAACGCGAGCAGCUGUGAUUGUCAGACGUUCAACGCCUGGGUGAAGCUACGACAAAUCAAGAUGAAGCCCGAUCUCUACAAAUGCACCGAUCCACCAGCAGCUCUGAACGAGGACUGCGCCAACGUGAGAUUCAGCAAUCGGACGCACAACUUGUUCAACGAGUGCUUGGCAAUGACACAGCAGAAGAUGGAGACCGAGAAGCCUCGAUUGAUCUGGAUAAGCGUCGCCCCGUGCGUCUUGGUGUUCCUUUUCCUAGCGUUGUUCGUGCACAAGCGAUACCGUAGGCGGCACAUAAAGCAGAAGGAACAGCUAAUGGCGAUCUACGACAACACACAAUUAUUCAACAGCAACCUGACGAUGAUUAGUGAAAUAAUCGCUGAUAGAACGUAG